AAAAACCGUUACCUUCUAGGGUCAAGUUGAAGGUUUCCGUAAACCAGUCAACGUGACAUUCUCAUGAAGUUGCCGGGAUUUUUAUAUGUGCUUGAGGAGAGGGCCGCAUAAGUAGUGGCACUCCGUUGUUACUAACUUUUGAGUUCAUCUCGCACUUUCCCUCAGUAGACUCACUAUCAGCUUCGACGUUAUGACCUCUGAGUCAUGGACAUCGCUAGAUUCUACUCCAGGCCGGUGCAUUUUCUUUCGGCCACUCGGAAUCACAGAAACUACCUUCUAUUGGGCUGGCGUUUUAAACAACACCGCAGAUGUCGUGAUGCACAUGCACCUUCGUACCACACAAGCCAGUGACCAAGACAUUCAUUCCCAAUCGAAUGUCAUGCGUGCUUGGGCGUCUGUCAAAAGGCGCUUCCCCCUUAUUGCAGCUGAAGUGGAAGAACACGAGCUCGGUCCACGCUUCAUUAUCCGCGAAGAAACAGUCAUGAAUCUUCGACCUGAUGAUGUCACAUUCAUGGAGGUCAAUUCCUUUCACCAUGUUGAAUGUUUCGUAAACGACAUUAUGGAUGGACCCCGGCGCCUUUCAUCUCAGUUACUUACUCGUGCUUAUAUUAUGCGCCGAACAGAUAAAAGCGACCAUUUCCACGUCGUGGUUGUGAUUGCCCACUGCAUUACAGAUGUAGCUGGCACGAGCACAGUGCUUAGGACGUUCUUUGACACACUGUCAUCUCGGAUUGAACCACCGUGUAUUCCUCUAGGCGAGAGAGUGCAUACGUAUCAGGCUUUUGAGAGUAAUUUGGGUUCUAAGGAUCUUCCACUUGUCAAACAACGGUGGAGGCGGGCUUUGGGUUAUGCAAUCGGCUUAGCAUGGAUGUCCCGAUUCAAGGGCGGUCACACCCUCCCCGGAGACUUCAGGGAAUCUACACCUCGUACUUCCCCUAAAAACCGCAACCACGUAUCAAUAUUUUCGAGAGCAGUGUCGUCAACCAUUCUCACCAAUUGCCAUCGCCUCGGCAUUAGCAUGAACUCCGCGUAUUACGCCCUCAGUCAAGUAGCCAUGGCACGCGUUUUAUGUCGACGGUACCUCAGGGGCCAGAUCUCGGAAGAAGAAUGGGAGUACAGGAAGCGCCAGCCCAUGUAUGUCCUCGGGCCGAUCAACUUGCGUCCAUACCAAGAUAAGGACUGGUUUGAGACGGGCGGCUCGGGCGAUGUUGGGCCUCGUCCGGCGCAAGGCCAGAAGCUGCUCGAACACCCACGGUUGGCUGAUAUAUGUACUUCCACCCUGAGACUCUAUUGGGCUGCUUUCGGGAAGGAAGUUACUUUGAAGAUGAGAGACAUCGUUCACCCAGAGGACGGCGAUAAAAGUGUAUCCGUUCAGUCUUUGAACCCGAUAUACACACAAGUGGGAGCCACUCUGGGAAAUAUGGAUAAUCUGGUGCCCAUAGACUAUCCCCUACCUCCCGAGCACUACCUGUCCCCCCUGAACAGCACGCCUCACGCCCAUCGGGCAGGUUAUCCACCAUGGUCACCGCAGGCUACUGCUUUCGAGGAUUCCAAAACACCGCGACUCCAUGUUGAGUACUGGCGUGUCCAUAAUCAUACACCGCCUGCCGAGCUGUAUCUUGGUGCGUCAACUGUGCGCCAGCAGCUGCAAUAUUUUGCCUCCUACGAUCAGCACGUGUUCAGCGACAAGAUUGUUGCGGAGUGGUUGAGUGAGCUGAAGGAUGCGACGCUGUGGUAUCUGGGCCAGCCCCAUGGCAAUGAAAUACCUUUACAGAGCAAGUUGUAG